UUUUGCAGAACACCCAUGAUUAUUAUUGCUUGCACAGCAACUCUAGAUCCAUGCAAAGUGCAAGUGAUGGAAACUGUUUCGCCGGUCUAGAUGAGUACCGGCAAGCCGCCGUAUCGCCACCGUGAUAGGCUAUGUGACCUACGGGUGCGUGCAGGCAGUGUCGUAACAUUGCGAGUAUGUUAUCUAUCACCUAGAAGUUGCUUCAUCAGAUGGCUGGUGGUCUCUGUUCUUGUCAUCUACACGACAGGAACCACGAGAGCUCGAAGCAGACACACCUGUAUAUAUAUGUACUUGCUACCCUUGGUCGUCCAUUCGACUAUGUUCUUACUCAAACUGUAUCGCUUUCACGACUCUGAGUUUCAAUUUGCUUUGUCGUCCAGAAAGUUCGUCGAUAAACGUACGCUAACUUUCAUUGACCGGCAGAACACUUCACCGGCACCACCAUCACACCGAAUAGAAGCAUGAGAAGAACUUCGGCACAAAACUGACAAAGAUAUGAUGAAUGAAUAGGAUUGAUGAUGUAUCAUCGAUUCAUCCCUAGUAAAGCUGUGCUAGUAAGUGCCACUGUCCAUCAGCUUCGCCUCCCGUUCAUCACAGUGCAUAUAUAGUAGUAUAUAACACUAGUCAGCUUUUCUUGAUGCAACCCACAG